UUUCACUUGAAUAUUGAUUUGCAUUGAUGCAAUCGAAAUAAUAUCUUUUAGCUAGUCAAAAUAGUUGUUCAAAAUAACACUAACUGUGUGUACAGUAUGUUUAUUAAAGGUUCAAUAUUGAUGUACAACAUUUGGUUGUAAGGCCCUGCUGUAAAUGUUACGAGAUGUUUCCAAUUUCUCGGUAUAUAACGCGUCUUGGAUACAGCUCGCACACUGCUUCCAGUAUGGAAUUGAUCCGCACAAAACAAUAUCGCACUCGCAGAGAUGUAACGCUGUACAUAUAAACAUCAUUUCAGCGAAAGUGUUAAAUAAUAUAUCAGUGAAAUUAAUUGGCAAUUACGUAUGUGUAGUCUUUGUUUUGAAAAUAAAAUAUUCGUUAAUACAUUCGCAUAGCCUUCAUGAAAUUUGCUGAAAUGAUUCUGCGAGAAGCCCGUUGAAAUGAACUCGUGUUUUUGCAAACGACAACAGUGACAGGUGACAGAAUGAUUUCAGGAUUAACAACGAGUUCCAUACUGCUGAUUGUUUCUGAGAUUUUGUUUAGUGCCUUUCAAAAUGCGGAAAGUUUAUCAAGGCAGGCGACGUUAAACUCCCUGCUGGGUCUGAAGGAAGUCGGAGCUUCCGGUACUCCUGCCGCCAGCCAGCCCAAGUAUGACUCCAGCAUUGCGCCAGACUUUGAACUAGAUGUUCCUACUGAAGUGUAUGUCCAAAUGCUGAUACAGAAUAUUUACUCCGUCUCCGUGACUUCCAUGGAGUACUCUAUGGACAUCUUCCUGCGUCAGAAAUGGGAGGACAGGCGGCUGGAGUACGGAAACACCUCCGAGCUGCCUUGGCUCGAACUGGACAACAAGAUUAUGGGCAGUGUCUGGGUUCCAGACACUUUCUUCCCGAACGAGAAGAAUGCGAGAGUGCACGACGUGACAGUGCCAAACAAGAUGAUGCAUCUUUACAAGAACGGCACCGUUGUUUAUAGCAUCAGGUUGUCUCUGACGCUGAGUUGUUCUAUGCAGUUACACAAAUACCCCAUGGAUGUCCAGAUCUGUCCUAUUUUCCUGGCUAGCUACGCAUACACAACAGAGAACGUUAUCUACCGAUGGGACGGGCCUCACCCUGUGCGCCUUAAUCACGUGGAAAUGCCACAGUUUGGCGCUGAAGUGGUUGAUAACGCCUUCAGAGAGUCAUGCCGAGAAAGCUAUGGUAAAGACCAGUUUGCGUGUAUACAGGGCUUCAUCCAGCUGAACCGAAAGGUUGGCUACUUCAUCGUCCAGGUGUUUGUGCCAUCUAGCCUGAUCGUGGUGCUCUCUUGGGUGUCUUUCUGGGUGGACCACGACGCCGUUCCCGCCCGCAUCUCACUUGGCGUCCUCACCGUUCUCACCAUGACAACCCAGAGUUCCGGCGCGCUCCAGUCGCUCCCGCAGGUUUCAUAUGUUAAGGCUAUAGACGUAUGGAUGUUUACGUGUCUGAUAUUUGUGUUUGUUGCGCUAAUUGAAUACUCGUACGUUAACGUGGUGGCACGUCGCGCACAUAAAGGACACUCGCGUGGACGAGACAGACCCAUAGAACUACAACCAUUGACAAAUGAACACACAGAUAACAAUACGGAAAAUAUUAAGCAGGGUGGUCCAGCCGGAAAGAGCGUCGGUAAUAAUGCGGCAAGGCGGGUUGACAAAAUCUCGCGGCUGCUUUUUCCGGGCGCAUUCGUUGUGUUUAACAUAGUUUUCUGGACCUACUACUCAUUUGCGCCACAUCCUGCUAGUAGCAAUUGAAGUCCGUUCUUGUUAUACAUACACCUAGUUGGAACGCUUCCUCGGCUAAUAAUCUCAAGCGCUUGAUUGGAUCUGAUGCGAUUGACUCAUGGAUCUUAACUACAAUUUUGGAUAAAAAAUGAUCAGACAGGAAUAAAAUUGGGAGUCUGUGUGUCCCUAUGAUACAUUUCCCUCACUUCUACAUGGAUAUCACCCAACGACAGUUUGAUAUGCGUUUUCGUGCUUGCAGCAAUAAGACAGAGUUUGUUUCAUGUAGAUACAUGUAUACUUCCGUUUGUUCCACAGGUUUGGAACUUGCUCAAUCAAAUGUCCUGAAUGUAUGCAUCUUUAUCGUAUGCCUAUUUUUAUUAUACUUAUAAUAAUAAUGUAAUAUUAUAUCAACUUUGUGAGUACACAUUUUUCUUACAGGUUGCAGUAUAUCACUCGUUGAGGCUUAUUCUAUUUGGAUUUCUUUUUUUCUUUUUAAUAUGUUUUAAAUUUAACCAUUUCCAUAUCACAGAGAAUAUCAUCUCUAUCCAUCCCACAAGCAAUAAUAUGUAUUUGCUUCAAAACCUUUUGCACGAGCAAUUUUAUAUCGUUGUUGAAAUUGAUGCAUAUUUUUUUAAAUGCCGGUAUUUAAUUUGCAUUACUUCAUACUUCAUUUUUAUUGGUGCACGUAUUUAAAUAUUAUUACCAUGCUGUUUAACAGUCAGUUACUGUCAUCGUCGCACUUGUCACGAUGGAUUUAUCUAUUUAUCAUUUAUUAUAACAACACCUAAAAUGAUCUAUUCUUCAGUCUCCGAAACACUAAAGUAGUUUAAAUGUCUUUCUGCGCAUCCGCAGAGAAAAAAUGAUAAAACUUGACGUUUUUUGGCGGGAAAUAUCCAAACUUUUGCGGCUAUUUUUGAUAACUUUUGUUCAUGUGGCGGGUUUUCAUAAAAAAUAAAAAUUGAACUAUUGCGUAAGACUUUUACCAGUUUCAGUCUACGUGUUUUCACAAUUUAGUAAUAUUUAUUGCGCAAUGUUUGUUGUUGUUUUUGAAGUCGUAGUAAAUGAACGCUUUGGUGA